GUGUUAGUUAUUGAAUGACGGCCCUACCGGCGGCAGUGUUUUGAUCGGAGUGUGGACGGGACGAGACAGCCUAUGAAGUAUCCCCACAAAAAAUUGGUCACAUUUUAUUGGAACAAUUUAACCUCGGUCAGCUUUUGUUGCGUUGUUGUGGGGGACAAGUGCUACCUCGGCCGAGACGAGGUGCUUGCAGGUCGGUUGUCAGGUUCUUUGGUGGGCGAGGAAACAAAAAGUAAACAUGGUAUCUUUGUGUUAAGACUUUAUUUAAAAUUUUAAUUCUUGAAUGCACACAUUCAAUCGGCUCGUGGCUCUAUUGAUGCCGAUGCUGUGAGCAGCGCUAAGGGUAUUGUCGGCCACUAUGUUUUGAAAGAGAGCCAAUCAAAUUUGCUAUUCAAAUCCACCCUUAUGUCAGUGACCUACAUCUCAUGUGUGUACGCAAAGAGCCCGCAGUCUCCUCAACGCUAGAGCAGGCAGCAUGGGGACGAACGGGGUAGACGACCAUGCGCAACCGUCUAGCCGGGUGUCCGAGGCAGAACAGUCGGCCGAGCAGGACGAUGCUGCUCAAGAGUCGGCGGGCUUAAAGAAGGAUGAGCGUUCAGGGGAGAGCGAUCUUAAAGUCCCUCAGGAGGACAGCAACGUGCAACUGGUCGAGGCUGGAUUUAAGUCGAUCUCAUCCUCGGCUCUCGAAACUGACACGGCAGAAAGGCACGGCGCGUUAUUCUCGCCGCCGGAAGGAGGUUUUGGCUGGCUCGUGGUUUUGGCAGCCACCUGGUGCAAUGGGUCCAUCUUCGGGAUUCAGAACUCCUUUGGCAUCCUGCACAUGAUGCUGGUGAGGGAGCACGCAGACACCGAGGACAAGACGUCACAGUUCAAAGUGGCUUGGGUCGGGUCCCUCGCCAUGGGGAUGAUAUUCUUCUGUUCACCGGUGGUCAGCAUGUUCACGGACCACUUUGGCUGUCGGAAAACUGCUGUCAGUGGGGCGCUCCUGGCUUUCAUUGGAUUGCUCAGUACAUCCUUUGCAAACUCCUUGAGCCUCCGCUAUUUUACUUAUGGCAUACUGUUUGGCUGUGGAUCCUCCUUCGCUUUCCAACCCUCUUUGGUCAUCCUCGGCCACUACUUUCGCCGGCGCCUGGGCUUUGCCAACGGCGUGGUGACGGCAGGUGCCAGCCUCUUCUCCAUGGGUCUCCCGGUUUUGCUGAACAAAGUAGUGGAGCCGCUGGGACUCAGCAGGACCUUCCAGAUCCUCAGCCUCUUCAUGCUUGUGCAAGCCUUGCUGGCAUUAACAUUCAAGCCGUUGCUACCAGCUGGACUUUGCAUGGGACAGACGGGCCCCGCUGAGUCUCAAAAACAGGCAGGGGUGACUCCUCAAAGUGGGAACUGGUGGCAUAAGGCGUUGUUAUGGGUCAGAAAGUACUUCAACCUGCGAGUCUUUCACAUCCUCACUUACCGUGUGUGGGCAUUUGGAGUUGCUACAGCAGUAUUGGGCUACUUUGUGCCUUAUGUGCAUCUGAUGCACUUUGUCGAGGAGCAGUUCAAGGGCACCGAGAAGGAAUGGGUACUCCUUGUGUGCAUUGGAGCGUCAUCAGGGGUGGGGCGUCUUACUUUUGGCAAAGUUGGAGACCUUAUUCCAGGUCUGAAGAAAAUCUACAUGCAGGUGGCAUCCUUCAUAGCCCUGGGACUCAUGUCCAUUAUGAUCCCUCAGUGUUCUCGCUUUGAGGAACUUAUAGUCGUAUGUGCAUUCCUGGGAUUGUGUGACGGAUGCUUCCUCACCAUGAUGGCUCCCAUUGCAUUUGAGCUGGUUGGGCCCAUGCAAGCAUCACAGGCCAUAGGAUACCUGCUUGGCCUCAUGUCUCUUCCAAUGACUGCAGGUCCACCCAUUGCAGGUCUGCUGCACGACUACUUAGAGGACUACAAAGUAGCCUUUUCUGUAGCUGGUGUGCCCCCCAUAAUCGGUGGGGUGAUGCUGUUCUUUGUUCCCCUAAUACACCGCCGACUGGAGUGUGGCAGCACGCCAGCAGCACCAGAAGAGAUGACCACUCGCAUGUUACCCAGCGCCCAACCGACACCAAAGAGCUGCUCCAAUGGAGACAUGCUGCCCGGCUACACUGAUGCUGAGACCCAUAUCUGACUUAGACCGAUUUCCCGUCUCCUGAUUGGACUGGUGGGACUGUCCUGUUGCCUGACCAUUAAUUCCGUCCUCCUCCUAGAACCUUGCUUGGUGGUUUCAUAAGAGAAACAGAAUUUGAAGCCGGAUUAGGGAUGAUAAGAAGGCUCACCGCUAUACAAGUUAAGGAGAUGAAGCAAAACACAGUCUGAGAAGGCAGCAAAAUAUCCUCCAAGAGGAAUGAAAUUUUUAAAAAAAAUAUAAUUGGGAUUAAUCUCAAAACCUGAGUUAAUAUUUUGCUUUCAUUUUGAAGUCUAAAUAUAAUGUAUUUUAAUGAUACAAAUGUGGAGUGGACCCCGUUCAUAUUUGCAGUUUGCCACCCGAGGACUGAUCUCAAAAUUUGUGGAAGCCCAAAUACUGUGUGUGUGUGUGUGUGUGUGUGUGUGUGUGCGUGUGUGUACACGUAUGUUUUUAUAUAUAUAUAUAUAUAUAUAUAUAUAUAUAUAUAUAUAUAUAUAUAUAUACCCACACACAUUUUUUUCAGUUUUUUUUGUUUUACUUCAUUUCAUUCAGAAACCAGACCUCGUUUUUCAUGAAGAACACUUAUAUAUACAGUAUAUAUAAACAGUAUAUCCCUGUUUAUUUAAUCAUUUGGGGGUGGGGUUGGUCCAUGCAGUUAAAAUGGCCGUCAAUUCUUCACUGAUUUUCGAUGUUUGUGGUGGGGCUUGGUCCUUAAAGCUUAUGAACAGCGAGGGUCCGCUGCUUUUUCACUCCAUAAAAAUAACUAAAUAAAAGAAAUCCUUUUAUGGUGUACUUGCUUAUCAGUAAGUAUGAUUGAUCCCAUUACCUUUAAAAUGGACGAAAUGUACUCUUAAUGGUAUAUUGGCUUCCCCUUGUGAUAGCAUGUACUGUAUUAUGUUGCCAAUAUCACUGGAGGGAAAAACCAUAAUGAGCCUCACCUCAACUGAAACACAUACUUGCCGCAUUAACGACUUUACCAGGCAGCUUCAUAGGAGACAGAAGUGUAACUGAGGAAGUGUUUCCUUCGCGCGCACAAGGAAAAUGUUAUUCAUAUCCUCCUGACUACCAGGAAAAAAUGUUGUCCAAUCACAUUUAUUUUGAAAUUCCCCAAUCUAUGUGAAGUAAAUUGGACUACUCCAAAAGAAAUUUUUGAAAUCCCACUACGUUUUUUAAACAGGCUCCAAUACACUUAAAACAACUCAAACAACACUUUAACGUGUUCAUAAGAGUCUUACAAUUAAAAUGCCAACAGCAUUUCAAGACAACAUGUGUUUGGUAAAAAGUAUUAAUUUUCCUCUUCCCAUAAAAAGUGCUUGCACUGAGGGAAGACAUUUUCUUACUUUUUCUAACCGAUGCAAAUUUGGUAUCAUUGGAAAGCACUAAAUGUCCUCUUUAGAGCAACAAAAGGAGUUAAUGUGAUUGGAUGCACUGGGUGGGAGAUAUUUAGGUUCACAAAUGUCCUCUACAGAGGACAAAUUUGAACUACUGGUAGUCAGGAGGAUAUUGUGUUUCACGAUGGGUGCUUGAUAGAUAACACGAAGCCGGGUCACUGAAAUUCCAUGCUGUGCUUCGAAUUUGGAUUUAGUUUCCAAAUGCUCCAGAUCGUAUACUUUUUGUUUUCAGAUUUGGAGGCAGAGAUUUCUAAAUCAUGAGACAAUCCGUGGCUCUCAUCAUUGAGUACUCAUUUUUUCCCUUGUGGUUUCUCACUACAGGAUAUUGUAUCAAGGUAGGGCCAUAUUAACGAUACAAUUUUUUUCCACCUUUAAAUUUAAAAGCCUCUUGGAACGUUUCCCUUGCAGUGGGAAUUUCUUCUUUCUUCCCCUCUACCAUUCUCUUUAACAGUGAAUUUGAACUGGGUCAUCUGAUGAGAAGGAAAGCUUUAAUCUUCCUUCUUUUGUCUUAUUUGCUAAUCCUUUCAUUCCUUCUUUUAUCCACCUUCUUCUUAAGCCCCUUGAGCCUUCAUGUGAAUUGUGGGCAUGGCUUCCAGUAUGACUAGGAACCGUCGUUUUCUUUACAGAGUAACUGGAUGCCGGAGUACACUUUCGAUCACAGUUAGAAUCUUAAACAAAUAGGGAAUGACAGUUGUCGCAACUGAGUCCUGCUUCCUACUACUGUAGCUGGGUAGAAGGAGUCGCAUGUUUAGCUACUUUCUGCACUCUGUCACUUCAGAUGGCGAGUUUGUUUGUUUGUUUGUUUGUUUAUUGAACAUAUAAAACACAAUAAAACAACAAAUUGACAAAAGUGAAGGCAAGCUAAAAUUGUAAAAAGGAAAGGGAAAAACCCCCAGUUAUCGUCACAAUUCUAUGUUCAAAGGAGUAGGAAGAAGUAAAAAAUGUAUCUAGUCCUACCCCUUCAUGUUAAUGAGCUAUCUCAAAAGCUCUGAGCCGUAUCAUUUCUGAUAAAGUUGGCCGCGUUUUGUCAAGUGGUUGGACACCGACUGUGUGGACAUAGACUGUGUCACAUAGUCUUACUUCCCUUCAAGCUGAUGUAGGACCCCUUGUUGUCGUUUUUUUUUUCUCUUCUUCUUUCUACAUACAUUCUUGCUGCUGGAGGCUGUAAAUUUCCCCAUUGUGGGACAAAUAAAGGAUAUCUUAUCUUAUCUUAUCUUAAUCUUAUAUCAGUACUACAACUUCCCAUUACAUGGUAACCGCAUCACCUAUCGUAUGUGCUCCAAAAAACCCAGUACAUAAUAACAACAAAAGCAUUACAUGCAGAUUCAUAUUAAAAUACUGAAUCGCUUAACAAUUUGCUUGUGCUGAAAUUAUUGAAAUUUGAAGUGAAUACGGAACAGCAACAGGAGAAGCUUCCCUGGUGGUUGUCGUAAUGUGAGCAUAAAGUUUGAUGCGCGUGCUGCUCUGUGUGCUUUCGAUCCACAAAACGAAAGGAGCACACAAAGAAUAUUUUGGCGAGACCUUCCCCCCCACCACAACAAAAAAGAGAUUUUUUUUGGGGCCUAAUUCUUUGUUCCUCAUCUCCCCUUAUACCCCGUGAAAACUGAACCGAUUCUCGCAUCAUUCUCUCCUCACCUGGGGAGGAAGUUCAAAACUUUGCUCUUUCUCGCCACAGAUUAAAUGCUACAGGGUCUUAUAAUCGAUCCAACGAAAGCCGCUGAAGCAAAUGACUAACUAUUACUUAUGGUGUCUUACAGGAACUCACUCCCAUAAUGGGUUCUACACCAGAGCCCUGAAAAAUAAGGUGGAUUACCUUUUCUAAGACAUUGUUUUCUUUAUCUAUAGAUUAUUGUCAUAACAACACUCAUUUCUGAUGAUGCCUAACCGGUAAAGGAGACACAAGAGCUGAACCUCAAAUGAGUGUGCUGAUUACAUAAUAGAUAGAUGGACUAAGCUAACGUUACAAUCAUUUUCUUACAAAAUAAACCAUGUGACGAAACAAUCAAACUAGUUCUAGCUAGCCACAUUAGCUAACUUGUCCUUAAAUAGAACGACCAAAAUGUACGGGUUUCACCGUAAUUCAAUUUUAAUUCAUGAUGUAUAAUUUGCUUAAUAUUAUUCCUCAAACAUUCACAAAUUACAUAUUUUUGUAAACAGCUGAAGUGAGAUUCACAGUACAUUCACCGGUAUGUGCUCUAACAGGUAGACUUAAUAAUCGGGCGAACCAAAAUAUGCGUUUAAGCAUAAAAAACACAGGCAGCCAGAUUAUGUUAUAUUAUUUUCACAUCCCAUUUGACAAAACAUUCAUUGAUUACAUUAAAAUGUACAGGCUGCAUGAGAUUUUCAUGCACCAGGCAUACACUGUAAACACGUUCUAGCUUGCCGUACAAGCUAGCUGGUCCUCUAAAUAAAGCAAAGUAAACAGGUUCUGCUGCAUAUCCUGUAAUUAGUCAGUGACAAAUGUUCAAUUUUUUUUUUUGCUGUCAUUAUUUGCUUAUUAACAGAUAAGAUUUUUGUAGAAGACGACUGUUAGUCUACUGCAAUGAAUAGAACAGUCAGCAGGAAGGUCUUUGCAGACUCAGAUCUCAGUUUUCAUUUAAUUUUUAGUAUUGUUGCUGUGAAUAGUAUACAGUUGGAAGCUGUAAUUUCCUGAAACUUCACUUUUUUCUUUUUGGGGAUAGUGGAGCAAGUAAUACAAGUACACUUGAAUCAGUAACCUCAAUUCAAAACAAAUCUACUUUUUCAAACCGGUCAGCUCAGGUUCACUUCAUACCAAUUCCAACUUCAAUACCUGCUUACUUAAUUCGUCAAAACAUAGCCUUCUUUUUCUCAACCGAGAUUAAAAAUACAAAUUAUCAUCGUUACUUGACUAGUUGUAUGUGUGUGUUUUUUUUUAACUUUACUGAUAAUAGCUGUGUGAAUUUUCACUUUGUGAAAACUGAAUCGUGAGCUACAUGUACAGUGGAACCACCAAAUUAGAACAUGCUAAAAGUGGAACAAUGUGGAUUUCAACCCAAAUUAUUCCUCAAGUCAGGCAAAACCUGGUUCAAAUCCUUAAAAUGUGUGACAUCCCACGCAACUUCAGCCAAUGCUUGAGUGAUGUCAAUGAUGGAAAGUGUGAUGAUCCCCAUAGAAUGGGGCAGGUCUGGCUGCUCUUUACAAUAUGAGGAAUACAGUUUUUACAAGACUUUAUCUUUCCCAGCAUAUAAAGCAUUUAAACAACAUCGGGUGUCAGUAUCACUGUAGGAACACUUUGCUCUUCCCUCUAAUAUUAUGCUUCUGUUACUGUUCUUUGAAGUGUAAGCAGUAUUACUUAACACGGUGGUGCCUUGAGAUAAAAGUUUAAUUCAUUCCCCAUAAACGCUCGUAAUUCAAAAUGCUUGCCUGUCAUGUCAGCUUUUUCCCCAUUGAUAUGAAUGGUAAUGCCAUUCGUCCUUACAGCCUAUGCCAAAAAAUCCUACAAAUAUUGUUGUCAUGCGCUUUAAAAAAAAAAGAAAAAUAGUACCCCAUAAUAUUGUGCUUAAAAUAAACAUUCAUUGGAGUGCCAGGUUACAACACUUAUAUCUCGAAUUUUUGUUCGCUUGCAUUCAAAACUCAAAAAAACUCAUUAAGUUGGGUCACCCGUAUCUCAAGGCGUUGCUGUAUUAGUUAUGCAGUAUUUAGUGCCAGCUGCGGAGCUCCCAUUGCAUUUGUACAGAUAAUUUAUUUGUUAUUGUUUUCAAAGCUUAACUUUUUCCACUUGUAUGAAAAUAGGAAUGUUACUUAAAUGACUGCUUGUACAGCUUAGCAAGGUUCUUUGAUGAUUUUGUCCUGCCUAUUGAACAGCUACACGGAACAGAUUGUGGCGGCUCUUUGGUGGUUCCACUGUACCAAACAAUAUUGUCGUAUUAAAUGAAAGUAAGGAGAAACAAAAGCAAACACACAGAAUGAAACCAAGAUUAAUAGCCGCUUUUGGUUUCUGGCUCGCCAUCUACUGAGCUGGUGAUUUAUUGUCUCGAGCUUGUGAUCUAUUUCUGUGACUCCUUCACUUACUAAAACCACGGCAAGUUAAAUGGUUAACUUUAGCCAACGCGUGUCAUAUUUUACUCUGAACACUACUGUUAAUUUAAUUAGACAUUUUUGUUGUUCAUUUCUGAAAGUCAUGCACUUAAUUAAAAUGUUGUACUUAUCUGUUGGUGCUUGCGACGCUCAGAUCAGGUGCAAUCAUCCAAGCUGGCUGUGCAAAGGACAAAGUUACUGUUAAACUUGUCCUGAUCAUGAAUAAAUGAAGCCGAGCUACGAUUUUUUUUUUUUUUUUUUUAAAUAUGAUCACUUGUGCAAUCAAUAUGUUGAGUUACAUUUCAUUGAACAGUUGCUGACAUUCACACCUCUCACAAAACAAAUCAGUCACUCUCACCUCAUUUGACUCUUAUACAUAGGAAAUGAUGAUUAAAAAAAAAAAAGAACUAGUUCGUGUAGAAAAAUGUGUUAUUCUCCUCUGAAAAUGUGCCAUUUUUUCUAAUCUACUGACCUCAAUCUUUUGCCUACUCUUGUACUGUUUGUUUGCGAACAAUAGACCACCAAUAUGUCAAGCAAGCGCUUAAAGUCUACAUGUUAUUCAUAUGAAGCUGAGCCAUGACUUUGCAAGAAUCUCUCCAACAGCACCUCAUUCACACUGCCAAGGUGUGAUUCCAACACGAAUAUUUUGCCAGAGCCACAAUCACAAAAGAAAA